AAGUAUUUUUACAAGAGUGAUAACUAGAAAUGACGACACGAAUAUUUUCUGGAAGCAAAUUUUCCAGUAUAGUCUAAUUCAUUGACAAGAUUCUGCGAAAUUCUGUUUACAUAUUACAAACGAUUACAUUGUCAAAAAGCUAACAUAUACAUUUUUCAAAUUGUGUAGAUUCUAUAGUCGAUUCCUAUUAAUUUAGUGGUUUAUACGUCAGAAUCGCUGCAACAGUACAUGUUAAUUAAUUUUCUAUCAUAUUUGUGAUGAUAUUUUUUAACAACGUUUAAAAAGUACAUUAAACAUGUCAUGUAAUAUUUGUCAAACAAAAUUCUCUUUCUUUACUAAAGAAGUUGCUUGCCCCAGUUGCGGUUUUUCAUAUUGCAAUAAGUGCCUCAAAUAUAAAUGUAAUAUUCCAGAUAAAGGAGUGAAAAAGGUCUGUGGACGUUGUUUCAGUAAAUAUAAUUUUACAAAGAAUUCAAACUCUAAUAGUAGUAUGGAUAUGUCUGAUCAACACAGCGAGCUUUUGCCUCCAGUUGAUAUUACAAAGAAAUUAGAUUCUUUGGAAAAUCCAGCUAAACCUCCCAUUGUAAUGUAUAAACACACAAAUCAUUGGGAUAAAUUUAAAAAAGGCUUAGAACCUGCAGAUCAAGAGAUAGUUGAUAGAUUGCGAAAAUUGAAAGAGGAGGACAAAACUGUUGCCUUAAGUGUGGACGAAAUAAAAAGGAGAUUAGCUUUGUUAAAGGACGAAGAUCCUGAUGCUAGCAAUCACAAAGUAAAUGUAAAUCAAGUGGACACUAGAACAGAUCAACAGAAAGCAGAUGACUUGAUACAGGAAUACCUUGAGCAGUUAGAAUUGUCCUCGGGUAGUGAUUCUGUUAGCGAAAUGCAAGCAAGAUUAAGAUCCCUGCAAGGUAUUGCUGAUAAACCUCAUACACAUGCAAAUAAGAACCUUGAUGACGACGAUGAUGAUGAGAGACACGUAGCAAAGAAAUUAAUCGCGAAGGCUUUAGCCGAAGCAGAAUUGGAGAAAAAGUAUGAAGAAGAUGUAGAUGAAUUACAAGAAAUGGAAAUUGAGGAAGGAAAAUGUACAGACGACGAAGAGGAGAAACCAUCAUGCGUGACCUGUGAUCAAACUGAAAAUUUAGAACGAUGUCUAGGCUGUCACGGUGAUCUUUAUUGUCCUACAUGCUUCGAGGACAAUCACGACGAUUUCGAGAUGCGGAAACAUAAAAGAGAACCAGCUACGAAAUCGAAUCUUCAUUAAUAGAAAUAUGUUCAGAUAUUGCUUACGAUUGGUAUUAUUAAACGAAAUUUUAUUAACGGGACACGGCUGUGUGAUUAUGAAGGGUUCAUGAAUAGUAUUAUUAUUUGCGAUUUUGAUAUUAUGGUCACGCUGGUAUAAAAGCAUUCCUCGCAUUGUACACACAAAAAAAUUAAUAUAGAAAUGUAAUCAACAACGUAGUUGUAAGUUUCAAGCUGAUAUUGUGAUGUAUUCUUAGAAAUUAUUCUCUGCUUUAUGUAAUGAAAACUAGCUUUCUAAUAACAUUAUCAAUUUCAUGUAUUUAGUAAUGAAUAUAUAUGCUUUUACUAAAAAAACUAAUCUACAGUAAAGAAAUUCUCUGUUCACAUUUCAGAACAAAAAUACAAAAAUAACUAAUUUUGCAGAUAGUAAACUAAAGGAAAUUAUGGACUUUUUUAAAAUUAAUAUUCACAAUUAAGUUGGAGAGAAAGGAAAUAAUGCAAUUUAAGAGAGUGGGGUGCUUGAAGAAUUGAACUUGUUAAAAUAGUGUUUCAGAGAAUUGCUUCUAACUACACUUAACUAUUAUCUUCCUGGUUUAAAUGCCAAGGUGAACUCAACGACCUGGCGUAGAUGUCAGGAAAGACAUCCACCGACAUGUUCAACGGGAUUUCCCCGUGGUAGGUGGUCGGCGUCGCGACGCAAAAACCUUCUCAAAGUCUAAGCAGGUCUGCUAUUUUUAGAUGACUCGUAUGCAUCUGCUGUGCCAAGUUUUCGACGACGUUCGUUACUAACGAAGGAAGCAUCUAUCUUUUUUCACACCGAUUCAUUUGAUAAUCCUAUGAUUUUUUUCAUUUAUUAUUAUUACACUAAAAGAUGCAAGAGUUGCACAAAAUUGAUUACUUCUUUAUAGGAAUGUUUGUAUCAAAAAGCUAGAAUAUUACACCUAAUAAUUUCAUUUCUUAAAAUAGUGUUCAAAGCUGGUUCUCUUUUAAUUCUUUCUAGAAAAUCAAUUCUAAUCAGCUAAUUAUAACCAGUUUCAGACCGAGAUAAUCAUAUCACAUUAUUGAUGCCUUUCAACAACAAUUUAUAAGGCAACGUCACAAAGAGAACUAUGUUUGCGCAAAUACAACACGCACAUUGAAUUUCAACGAUUCUAUGAACACGUGUUCAUAGUUUGCAGAAUGAUUGUCAACUAACGAUAAGAAGUACCUUGAACAGAAUGAAUUCUUUUCUAUAAUACAAUUUCAAUAAUAUGUAAGUCAUUUCAACUCUUAAUGCAACAACGAAUCCAUCGCGUAUUGACAAUUUCUUGCAAUUUAUAUCAAAUUACUGGAAUAUAUGAACAGUUCAAUUACUUCCUUUGUCUUGCAGUCGAUUGCUUUCUUCUUAGCAUUAAUACAUCAAGGAGGGAUGUUCAGUUUUACAGACAAUUCAUUGGAAUUUGGCAGUGAACAAGGCGUGUACACGCAACGGAUGUUGUUAUUAGCAGGUCGUUGAUACCCGGAAUUCCUUCAGCACCAGGAGUUGCAUAUUAUUUUUUCAAAGAAAGCACGCUACUAUUUUUCUCAGCAUUCUUCUUUUCAAUUUGAUUGAACUUAUCUAUCGAAAUAAUUAUUUUCUAUUACAAAUUACACGUGUACAGUAGAAUACAAGAGUUAAAGAGAGAAGCAAAAGGAGUGCUGUUACUUAAAUGCGUUUCAAACUCGAGAAAAUUUUCAGACAGUGACAUUUUUGUUUCGUUUUAUCACACUGGACCAAAGCCAAACUCUAUUUCUCGACUUCGAGAUUCGCUUUGCAUUUUCCUCGAUAAAUUUUUCAACGAAAACGAUUUUUUACGUCUCGAGUUUGAAACAAAUUUAAGGAAGGAUACAAAGGGAAUCGGAUACAUGUUUCAUAGCCAGUUAUUUGACGAUUCAAAAGACCAGGCUUUGUAUUUUCAAUCGAAUGCGUUUCUUCAUAAAAUAAUUACAAUAUUUUACCGCAUUUAUACGUCUAAUCAUUCGUUCUGUAGUUUCGUUUUAUUUUAAUUUGCUUACUGGACUGUGUAAAUUCAUACUCGCUCAUUCACUCGAAACACAUGCAGACUACAUUCACUUUCUCUCCUUUUGCAACACGUUCAAAAAAUACAAAAUUUCUGGCUGAAAGAGCAUAUCUCUACAGAUACGUAAACAUCAUACAGGAAAAAUAAAGAAAAAGAAAAAAAAA